UUCACCCUUCUGCUCGGGGUGAAAACUGUAUCCUCCUAGCAUCAAGGUGAAUCAGAAACAUCGUGCGGUCCAGCUCCUCUACUCUCCUCUGCCCUGCUAUCACGUCAGGGAUUAGGAGAACAAGAUGGAGUGUAAUUUAUGGAUGACAACGAUCCUCCUGUCCUUCUCUCUUUCAGAUAAUCUGUUUACUGAACUCUCCCAACGUCCCAACUGCAAAGACAGACCUCUGUCCAUACAGAGUGUAUCUCUCCACAGCAGAGUGUCCAUCUCCUGCCCCAACAUGACAGGAGACGAUCUGAGAUUCCACCUCUCUUUGAACCGGUCCCUCGUUCACACCACAGUGCUCAAGAGGAACCAGAAUCACACCAGAAACAACCAAUCAGACACCUGGGUCCAGUUCUACCCAGCUGAACAGAACCUGACCCACAACCUAACCAACCACUAUGUGUUCACGGUCAAUGGAACAGGACUGUACAUCUGCAGAGCAGAGAGGCUGUGGUCACCCCCUUAUGAAGUGGAUUCUGUUCACACUCUACUGAUAACAGAGAAGCAGUGUCUGAAACCCCAUGAUCCACUGGCCGAACAGAGUUGUGUGGAGGAUCCUAAUCCCCUCCUUCUGUGUCUGCUGCUGGUCGGAUGUGGGGUGCUACUCCUCUACAGCACCAUCCUCACCAUCAUCGUCGUCCUCAUCUGGAGGAAGCUGAAGAAGGAAGUGUCUGCUCAGAGCACAUACCUGAACAUAAAGCUGGGAGAGAAGAGAGUUCCUCAGAGGGUCCAGUAUCCAGUCACCGGAAGGUUCUGACGCUGACCUUCCUAAGGCUGUGCGUGCACUACUUUUGUGCACUAUGUCGGGAAUAGGGUGCCAUCUGGGACUUCAAUCAAUCUACUACGCGUUCAACGGCUCGAACGGCUUCAUACUGCAUUAGAAUGGCUUCAUACUGCAUUAGAAUGGCUUCAUACUGCAUUAGAAUGGCUUCAUACUGCAUUAGAAUGGCUUCAUACUGCAUUAGAAUGGCUUCAUACUGCAUUAGAAUGGCUUCACGAUGCAUUAGAAUGGCUUCAUACUGCAUUAGAAUGGCUUCAUACUGCAUUAGAAUGGCUUCAUACUGCAUUAGAAUGGCAUCAUACUGCAUUAGAAUGGCUUCAUACUGCAUUAGAAUUGCUUCAUACUGCAUUAGAAUGGCUUCAUACUGCAUUAGAAUGGCUUCAUACUGCAUUAGAAUGGCUUCACGAUGCAUUGGAACGGCUUCAUACUGCAUUAGAAUGGCUUCAUACUGCAUUAGAAUGGCUUCAUACUGCAUUAGAAUGGCUUCAUACUGCAUUAGAAUGGCUUCAUACUGCAUUAGAAUGGCUUCACGAUGCAUUGGAACGGCUUCAUACUGCAUUAGAAUGGCUUCAUACUGCAUUAGAAUGGCUUCAUACUGCAUUAGAAUGGCUUCAUACUGCAUUAGAACAGCUUCAUACUGCAUUAGAAUGGCUUCAUACUGCAUAAGAAUGGCUUCAUACUGCAUUAGAACUGCUUCAUACUGCAUUAGAAUGGCUUCAUACUGCAUUAGAAUGGCUUUAUACUGCAUUAGAACUGUUUCAUACUGCAUUAGAAUGGCUUCAUACUGCUUUAGAACUGCUUCAUACUGCAUUAGAACUGUUUCAUACUGCAUUAGAAUGGCUUCAUACUGCAUUAGAAUGGCUUCAUACUGCAUUAGAAUGGCUUCAUACUGCAUUAGAACUGUUUCAUACUGCAUUAAAGUGUUUCAUACUGCAUUAGAAUUGCUUCAUACUGCAUUAGAACUGUUUCAUACUGCAUUAGAAUGGCUUCAUACUGCAUUAGAAUGGCUUCAUACUGCAUUAGAAUGGCUUCAUACUGCAUUAGAACUGUUUCAUACUGCAUUAAAGUGUUUCAUACUGCAUUAGAAUGGCUUCAUACUGCAUUAGAACUGUUUCAUACUGCAUUAGAAUGGCUUCAUACUGCAUUAGAAUGGCUUCAUACUGCAUUAGAAUGGCUUCAUACUGCAUUAUAACUGUUUCAUACUGCAUUAGAAUGGCUUCAUACUGCAUUAGAAUGGCUUCAUACGGCAUUAGAAAUGUUUCAUACUGCAUUAGAAUGGCUUCAUACUGCAUUAGAACUGUUUCAUACUGCAUUAGAACUGUUUCAUACUGCAUUAGAACUGUUUCAUACUGCAUUAGAACUGUUUCAUACUGCAUUAGAACUGUUUCAUACUGCAUUAGAACUGUUUCAUACUGCAUUAUAACUGUUUCAUACUGCAUUGGAACGGCUUCAGAAUACAUUAUUCUUACGGGCUUUAAGUAAAGUUUUACCAAUCAGGAUGUUUGUAUUAAAGGGUGUUAACCGACA